GCUCGGAGUUCCUUCUCCUCCUUCUUGACCACCUCUUCACAAUCCCCUCGUUUUCGUUUGUUUGCUGCUUUCACCGGCGCUACUUCCUACGCUCGUUCAACGCGGCGCCUGACCGUCGACCGCCGUCUAUCGAUACACGACACAUCGCCCCCGCGUUUUAUAGGAUCGCCAGCCAAACCCCACGCGGCGCCGGCCUAACUGUCUCACCCUCCCGGUCCCCCGGUCGUCUGCAAGCAACCGACAUCGUCGACCGUUCCAGAGAAAUUCGCCAUGGUCUGGCACCGAGGCUAUGGACCAACGUAGCGAGUCGGGCCGCGAGCCCAUGUGGCCGCCGUAUCAGCACCCUCCUCCGCACCCUUCGCAACACCCGUACCCCCAACACCCGUUGCAUCGGGCUGCCUCCAACGUCUCUGCCCUAAGCGACCCCAGCUACACGCCAUACGAUGCGCCGCCUUCUCACCACACGCAGCUCUCGCCGCCGUCGCAACAGCAGCAGCAGCAGCAGCAGCAGUACUACCUACAUCAACAACAACACCAGCUACGCGGCCGCGAGUCCCUCGUCUCUUUAGACUCGCAACGCCGCCACUCGGCUCCGUCAGAAGCUGGCCACGCACCUGACGGGAGCCGAUAUCACGCUUCUUCAGCGGCGCCUGUCUGGCCCGGGUCGUUUUCGUACUCGGGCGCGACUGGCGGAUACUCACCCGUGUCUGGAGGGCCUGGCACCGGACCCUAUGUCGGCCGCAAGGUCUCCAUGGGCACCCGCAAGUCGAGCUACGCAUCCUCGCUGCGGCACGCCCCCGUCCCCGAGGAAGACGAGUAUGACUUGUCGCUGCUCCGGUCAGCGGCGCCCAUGGGCAGCGAGCCGCGGUACGACGCCAUCCCCGAGGAGGAGUCUGUGGUACCCAUGUUCGACGUCACCACAGCGCUAGGACCCAUGGAUUCGCACGACGCAGCCUUCGUCAAGAAGCUCCAAGAAGAGGAGGCAAGGGGACACCUAACGGGCGGACUCGGCCAGGGUUUCGCCAAAGAUUCGAGAGUACGCGUGAGGGACCAAGAGCUGCUGACAUCUCCCACGGCAAUGCAGCGAAGGCUGACACGGUCGUUCACCCGACGGAGAUCGAUAAAACCCUUCAGCCGGACCGAGACGAUUCGCGAGGUGGGCCAGGACGAGGCGAACCGGCGCGGUGAAGUCAUCGAGGUGGUUAUGGAACAGGCCGCGGGCGGCGCAGACCUGAGCAACAUGGAGGGAUCUCACAUGCUCUUUGACUCGCAGUCGCGGAGGUCUACCGCCUUUGGCCUCAAGGAGCAGUCCACCCAAGUCUUUUACCCGCAACCCAACUGGAGACCGUUCGCCAUGAGAUGGCCCUACCUAACGAUCCUAAUACUCCUCUCCAUCGGCCUCGGCGCCAUGCAGGAGAUCCUAUUCCGCCACUACAGGGACACGGCCAUACUAAAGUUCAAGUCGCCAGAGGACGUCAAGCCCGGGCUGUACUUUGCCGUCAAGUUCGCGCCCAUGUUGUCCGCCGUCAUGUAUGGCGUCUUGUGGCAGUUCACCGACUUCGAGGUCCGUCGGCUGGAGGCGUACUACCAGCUUUCCAAGCCCGGAGGCGCCCUGGCGGCCGAGUCGAUCAACGUCGACUACGUGACGAGCUUCAACUUCUUCCGGCCGUUUCGGGCAAUACAUCUAGGCCAGUACGCGGUGGCCGUUUCUUCGAUCGCGACGACGCUCGCCGUCUCGCUCGUGCCGACGUUUGCCGCCGCCUCGGUCGUGCUCAGCCCAAGCCGAGAAGAGCGACUCAAGAACCCGGGCAGCGAGAAGCUGCUCAACUUUUCGGCAGCAUGGUCGAGGUUGCUGACGGCAACGCUGGUGGUAUGUGCCGUGCUAGGCUGCAUCUUGAUGUACCUGCUGCAGCGCCGACGCUCCGGCUUGCUGGGCGAUGUGCGAGGAAUCGCCGGCCUCGCGUCCAUGGCCGUCGUGAGCCACAUCUUGAUGGACUUUAAAGACAUGGACACGGCCAAGCACAAGGAUAUUCACCACAAGCUGAAGCAUAACCGGUAUAUGCUGCGCAACUCGUCGCUGGCCCCAGAUGACGAGAACCCUGCCACGUCGCAGGAGAGGGAUCGAUUCCAGGAUACACACCUGUCCGAGAACCCUCACCCACUCAUGCUCCGGCCCGCGGGCUGGGUGCCGUUCAUCAUCGGCCUGCUGGCGUUUACGGGCUUCAUCCCGACGUUUCUGUUCACGCCGGCCGACAUACUCACGGACAAGGCGCCGUGGCUGAUCACAGCGCUGGCAGUCUGCUUGAAGCUGUCGUGGAACGCCUUGGAGACGGCAGUGCGCAUGAUGGAGCCGUAUUACAUCCUCUCGAGACGGCACGCGCCGCCGAGCACGCUUACGCUCGACUACACGGCGCUGCCGUUUGGCUACCUCCCGCUGCGGGCCCUGUUCAACGGGCACUUCCUCGUGUUCGCAGUCGGCUUCGGCAGCAUCAUGGCCGAGUUCCUGACCAUCCUGGUCUCGGGCCUGGCGACCGUCGACGGCAAGGACUUUCUCAUGGAGGACCCGCAGGACGGGGGCGGCCAGGACCAGCAGCAGCAGCGGCCGACGGGGGCGGCAGACAAGGGCCGUUUCAUCAACUCGGGCCAGGAGACGUUCAUGUCGUUUUUCGUGUCGUUUGGGCUCUCCCUCUUCAUCCUGCUGUACAUGGCGACGACGGCGUGCGUCGUCUUCUUCCGGCGGCGGCACCCGUUCCUCCCGCGGCAGCCCAACACGAUCGCGUCGGUGCUGGCCUUUAUCCACCAGAGCAAGAUGCUGUACGACUUUGUGGGCACGCACAAGUACAGCGGCGCGGAGAUGGCGCGCAAGCUCGCCGAGGGCAAGUCGUACGGCCUGGGCUGGUUCGUGGGGCGGGACGGGCAGACGCACUGCGGCGUGGACCAGGAGGAGCUGACGAGCAACUACAAGCACGGCGUGGACUAUUCACAGCGGAACCAGCCGUGGAACAUGCAGUGGGAUGUUCUGUGAAGGCCGAGAGCUGGCUGGCGGUUUUCAGUUAGGG